AUGGCUGCUGGAAGUGUUGAGCCAGAGCUUGUGGUUGAUAUUCUUGGUGUUGCUUUAGUCCACCCGUAUUUUUGGGGGUCGGGUCCAAUAGGGUCGGAGGCCUCGUACCCGGAUAAGAAGGCACAUGUGGACCGGCUGUGGUCGUUUGUGUGUCCUUCGAAUCCGGAUAAUGAUGACCCAAGGGUUAAUCCCGUAGUAGAAGGUGCACCAGGCUUAACGAGUCUAGGUUGUCAGAGAGUCUUGAUUAAUGUGGCGGAGAAGGAUAUUUUGAAGGAUAGAGGUUGGGCUUACUAUCAAGCAUUGGGUCGGAGCGGGUGGAUGGGUGUAGUUGAGAUCCAAGAAACAGAAGGAGAGGAUCAUGUAUUUCAUUUGAAUGACUUGCACUGUCAAAAGUCCAAAGAUUUGAUCAAGAAUUUGGCUCAUUUCUUCAACAGGAAAAUGCCUCAUUUUCUUUAG